CUUCCGGUAAAAAUGGCUUCAUUGACUUUCACUUUACACCGAUUUGCACAAAUAUUUGCUAAGUUGUCACGCGAGAAGGUCUCAAGAAAUUGCUCACAUGCUGCUUUUGCAGGAUUUCCUUCAUUUGUGAAAGUUGUAGAGGUUGGUCCCAGAGAUGGACUACAGAAUGAAAAGAUUAUGGUGGCAACAGAAACAAAAAUCAAAUUCAUAAACCUGUUGUCUGAAGCUGGACUUCCCGUCAUAGAGGUGACAAGUUUUGUAUCGCCAAAAUGGGUACCACAGAUGGCAGACCAUACUGAAGUCCUACAGGGAAUCACACGACAUCCAAAUAUUUCCUAUGCUGCCCUCACACCCAAUCUUCAAGGCUUUAAAGGAGCAGUUGAUGCAAAAGCCACAGAAGUAGCAAUAUUUGGAGCGGCUUCAGAGAGCUUCAGUAGAAAAAAUAUCAAUUGUAGCAUAGCAGAUAGCUUGAAACGAUUUGAAGAAGUAAUGAAAGCUGCGAAGGAAUGUAAGAUACCAGUGCGAGGAUAUGUUUCCUGUGUGCUGGGUUGUCCGUACGAGGGAGAUGUAUCGCCGGAGAAAGUAGCACAGGUAUCCAAAAGUAUGUAUGACAUGGGUUGCUAUGAGAUUUCCCUUGGUGACACGAUCGGGAUUGGCACGCCUGGAGGUAUGAAGAAGAUGCUAGCUGAGGUUAUGAAGAGUGUACCGGUGAAUAGACUUGCUGUCCACUGCCAUGAUACUUACGGUCAAGCUUUGGCCAAUAUCUUUGCUGCUUUACAGAUGGGGGUUGCAGUUGUAGACAGUUCUGUAGCAGGACUUGGUGGCUGUCCGUAUGCCAAGGGGGCGAGCGGUAAUGUCUCUACUGAGGAUGUUGUUUACAUGCUGAAUGGUCUGAAUAUCAAAACGGGUAUCAACAUACAGAAACUACUGGAAGCAGGACAGUUUAUUUCUGCGGCAAUAGAUCGCCCCACACAUUCAAAGGUCGCCCAGGCAAAAAAAUCAAGCUUAUGAUGUCAUCGCCAAACUGUUAUCUCCUAGAAAUACAUCUCAUUACCUCAAUGAUGUCGUCUAGUAAUGUCAAUGUAAUGUCGCAAAUAAUGUCAUUGAUGAUAAUGUCCAGAAUAAGUGAUGAUUUCUAGUUUGUCAAUGAUGUUGUCACUUUACAUCCAUGAUGAUGUCUCGUAAUGUCAAUGAUAUGAUCACAUCAUAUAUUAUGAUGUCUGGGAAUGUCAUUGAUGACAUUACAACACAAAUAAUGAUGUCUUGUAAUGUCAAUAAUGCCAUAUGUAUUACAGAUAUAUUUACAGUAUUUAUUGAUAAAAUACGUAAUUUAUUUUAAGUUUUUAAAAUUGUACCAUAUUUGGCAAGAGUUAAGCCCUGGAUAAAUAAGGUAAUCGUCUGAUAAGUUAAAUGAAUGACAGAUACAAGUGUUAUUUACCUACUUGUCUAGGUAAUGUCUAGUUUUAAUAUUGUGAGGUAUUAUUUUAGCUAUUUUACUUUUAUUAGCUCAUCUGGUGCUCAUGAGUUUAUGCCUUGGAAUAUCAUCCAUCAAAUUUAUAAAAAAUUUAAGAGCGUCUGGCUCAUCCUGUUUUUAUGUUGUUAAGCGAUUUCUAAGGUCAAAUGAGUCAAAGUGUUCAAAUGUUUAAAACAACAUUCCAUUAUAAAAGAUAAGAUAUCAUCAUACCUAACUAUUAUAACAGGUCAGAGGUCAUUACACCUCACUGUUAUAACAAGUCAGAGGUCAUCACACCUCACUAUUAUAACAGGUCAGAGGUCAUUACACCUAACUGUUAUAACAGGUCAGAGGUCAUUACACCUCACUGUUAUAACAGGUCAGAGGUCACAACACCUCACUGUUAUAACAAGUCAGAGGUCAUCACACCUCACUAUUAUAACAGGUCAGAGGUCAUUACACUUCACUGUUAUAACGGGUCAGAGUUCAUCACAAUUCACUGUGUGCUCAUGAGUCUAUGCCUUGGAAUAUCAUCAAAUUUAUAAAAUUUUAAGAAGUUUGAAUCUUAAUUUUGAGGAUGUCACUGAAAUUGCCAUUUAUUGUCCAGACACACAAAUGUAAUUAAAUGGAGAAUAGUAGAAGUAUAUUAGUGUAAACUCUACAUUGUAAUUGAUGAGUCAAUUAACGAAGCCAUGAGUUUGUGACCAUCAUGAUAAUGGCUUGAGUACUUUUAAAUUUCAACCACCAUAGUAGAAUGUGACUUAGAAAAAUGUUACAUUAUAAAAUAUGGUAAGAAACUUCAUCUUAAGUAUAUAGAAAAAUAAGUGUUAUUUUAAAACAUAAGGUAUGACGGACAUUGACUGGUCCUUUGGUACUGUCACAAUUUAUUUACCUAUGUCCUAGGAGGUUAUGUUUGUAUUAUUUGUCACAUAUGUGUACUGUUUUUAGGUCAUCUAAGACGAAGUGUCAAAUGACCUAUUCUACUCACCUUUUGUCCAUCUUCUGUCGGAGGUGGUCUGUCAAUAAAUAAUUUACAUUUUCUGAAACCCUGAACUAAUUUCACUGAAAUCUUUCCAGAAAUCUUCCAUGACCAAAGGUCAACCGAAAUUGUUGUGUAUUAUUAUUAUAUGGUCCCCAAUCCCCAGGGGACUGAGAGGCAGUGCAAAGUGGGUCAAAUUGAUUGAAAUUGCAACGAUCUUUAAGACGCAAGUAGAAUCAAAUACGCCUAAUAGAUGGAAAGAUCUUAAGAUGCUUUAUGAAAAGUGUGAAUUUCAUGACCCCUGGAGAUGGGGUAAACUUUACUAUAGUUUAUAUAGGGAAAUCACAUUUUUGACUGUCAUUUGUUGAAUUAUAUUGGAAUUAACUUAAAAUUGGUUAUUAUUAUCAUUGUCAGAUGGCUUUUUAAUACUGUAAAUCACUUAUAUUUCACGAGGGAUUUAUUUUCGCGUUAAUUCGCGAGGAGAGUCAAACGCGAAUUCAAAUCUCUCGCGAAUAUUUGUAUAAGAAUACAAGAAUAGUGACGUCCAUUUUGAAUCUACCGUAAUCUUCAGUUGGCGAACAGAUAUUACCGUUGAAGUAAUAAUAGAAUGAUAGAUUAUAUACUUUAUUAAGAGUGUAAUUUUAUAUCACAAAACACAAAAAUUUCACACACACAAAAAAACAAAAACAAAAAAAAAUGCUGAACACUGAUAUUGUAGUUGAACUCUGACUGAUUUACCUUCUAGACAACGUUUUAGUUCAUUUAAGUGCAGUAGGUACUGUCCCGAGGAUCACGGAUGGUUACCCGGAAGACGUCGUACUUGAAAACAACUCCCUUCAAUCUCCAAAUAUAAACAUACAUGGAACAACAUAUUUCUUUUGUUUAAUACACUUUAAUAUAGCCGAAGGGGUAUACAGGUACAUGGGAAUAUCGACGACCUGUUAACGUCAUUCGUGAAUUUAAGGUCAUUUUGAGGUCAGAAUUCGCGAAAUUAUGUAUUCGCGAAUAAGUCGAAUGAGGAGAUUUUGCGAAAUUAAGUACUCACGAAGUACAAGUGAUUUACAGUAGUAUGCACAUAUAGACCCUGACUGGCCCACAGGGGCUGAUGGGUGGGCCAGAAAUGAUCAAAUAAUCUAAAAUAUUUCAGAACUUUGGUGACAGUUAAGGUAUUGUUAUGUAGAAAAACAGCCAAUAUAAAUAUAGAUCUGAGGUAGAUUGUGAUAAUAAGACUAGACUGUGUAUAAUAUAUACAAAUUAAACACAUAGUUUAGCUAUAAUAUACUUUAUAUUGUACUGAUAUGGUUUAAAAUGAGAUUAGUGAUAUUAAGUGUAUUUGUAAAAUUUACAAAUAUGUUUGUGGGUAAAAUAAAAAAAAACAGUAAAAGUG